GUUCAGGGUAUAUAAGCAGCCUCUUGAGCCUCUGGGCUUUACAUAGCUCACAACACAAAACCGCUGAUCGGGACGUAGUGGUCUGAUUGCAUCGGAAGAAGAAGAAGGAAGAGGCUCUCCGCUGUCAAGAUGGUUCUCUUACAGCCAGAUCCAUUUCUAAAUGAACUUACUAGCAUGUUUGAGAAGAGCACCGAGAAGGGUUCUGUUUGGGUUACCUUCAAAAGAUCGUCCUUGAAGUCUAAGGUGCAGAGGAAUAAAAUGAAAACUGCUGGGGAAGAAAUUGAGUACAGAUGCCUUAUUCGUGCAACAUUUGGGAAUAAGACAAUUUCUACUUCGGUUGGCCCGAAGGAGCACCAGCGCUUUCAAUCUUCUUAUGCAACUGUCCUAAAGGCUCACAUGACAGCUUUAAAGAAGCGGGACAGGAAGGAAAAGAAGAAGGCUGCAGAAGCAGAUAAGAAAGGAGGUGCAAAGAAGCCAAAGAGGGUGUGAAGAAGCCCCCUUCACUGUACAGCCCCUGCGCUAAACUGGAACUUUUUUACGUGUUUCCCUGUAAACUUGUCUAGAAUUUUAGCAACGGAAAAAAAAAGAAAGUAGUAACAUCCUUAAAUGAUUUUUUCCCAAAAUUUUGGGCUUAGGUAUUGAGCGCAUAAUGGAUGUUUUGAACAUGCUCUCCUGAGGAUGAGAUGUUAGUUCUGCUCGAUAUGGUUUCAUGAUUUGGAUGAACUAACAUGAAUUUUUCUGCA